CGGACAUCGAAACCUGGCAGGGAGUGUGUUUGAGCGUCGACCAAUGCCUUCCAUGGCCAAUGGACUUGAUCCGUCGUGCGUUGGAUUGCCAAGGAGACGAUUGGCAUCAGCUCCAAACGCUGACGACACAAGAGCUUCCCCGCGCAGGUCUUGCUCCAGCUCCACCGGUCCUUUUGCGUUUGGCGCAGCGUUUGCUGCGCCGCUGGACGCCGCUGGCCUUGCUCCGUCAGCGCCAGGCGCUGUCUUCGCGCUGGGCGUCGACAGGGGUGCCGGAAGAGGUCGAAGAUGACUUCUGUCUGUAUGGCAUCAUGACCGCCAACUUCUGGAACUGUUUCCAGACGGAUGCUGGACCAUCUUGGCACAUUGAGAGAUGCUUAAGACGCAUCACCAAUGGACCCUUGUUGAACAUGGACACUCGUGAGGAUUGGGGCCCACUUGAGUUUUCGCAGAGCUCCAAGUGGCCUUUGCAACUCAUGGACAUUCGUUUAGUCCAAGACAGCUGGCGCCAAUGCAGCCUUCAGCAGCUCUCCAUCUCUGCCUGUCACAGCGCCACUCUGCCGGAGCUGCGUGCGCCCUUCCACCGUAGCCUCCACUCCCUCGAGUCGGCUGGCGAAAGACUGGCGAUGCAGCUGGCGACGGCACCAAAGAUGGCCGAAAG